UUGACCUGUUGCAAAGCUUGGACACUGGAAAGUGAACUCUUGGAGAAUUGAAGCGCUGGAAAGAAUUUCUAAAGCGGAUCUUGUUGGAAAACAAAACUACUUGGAUCUCUGAAGGACUACUUGGAUACUUGGACAACUGAACAAGUUGGAAAUGGCCCUCGGAGGACCCCUCUUCGCUGGUGACCACCUGCUGACUGGAGUCGCCCAUGAGAUGGACCGUGACCCGGCAGGUGGCUCCUUUCAGCGUGUCGGCUACCUCGUUGAGCGUCCUGCAGGACCCGGCAUCCCUGAAGUCAUCAGGAUCCUGGACCACGAUGAUGACAACAAUCUCCCCAUCUACAUCUCUUCUGACGAGGAGGAGGAGGAUGAGGUUGUGGUAGGUAUUGUAGGUGCAGGUGGAGGUGAGGACGUUCCUCCGUUCUCUUCUGAUGAAGAGGAUGAGGUGGAGGAAGACGACCAGCAGAGCGAGAGUGAUGAAGAGGAGGAUGAAGACACCGAUGACAGUGACGACUGGUUUGACUGGUCAAGCGAGGAUUCCGGAUAUGAGAGUCUGUCCGAAGAUGAAGAGGAAUUAGAAGACGAUGACAUCAGACCUCGUUCUCCUCUUGUCCAGCAGCUCCCACCAGACAACUUUUGGCAGCGUUGGAGAGAAGCUUAUCCUCCUGUUCCUGCUGGUGCUCCUGUUCCUGUUGCUGCUCCUUUUGUUGUUCCUCAGCAGCUGACUGCCAGGCAUCCACCGGUACCUGUUCAGCACCACGAGCUCCCUGGAGCCUCAGCAUCCCAACAGCCCGAAGAGUCUGCUCCUUCAACCCCCAGCCUCAGCUCGUCCACGAAGAGGAGCAGGGAAGACAGCCACUGGGAGGAGGUGACUGCCAAGCCCCCGAAGAGGAACUGUGAGGAAAGGAUGGACAACCCAGUUCCCUCAACUUCAGGCCACAGCUCCUCUGCAACCAGCAGCACAACGUCUGGCAGCAGCUCCUCAGCUACAAGCAGGAGAUACUGGGAGUGUCCUUUUGGAUUCCCGUUGUGGGCUGAUGACAGUGACUCCGACUAGAAUUGCCAGCCCUGCACACCACAGGAAACAGGAUUAGAAAACCGUAAAAACUGCCUUAGGUAGCGUCUUGCACCAGGGAUUUUUGCAUCUGUUAAUACAUUUUUUUCCUUUUGAAUAACAAUUCCCUCAAAUAACAAUGAAUAGGACACCUAAAUGUAAUACACUUAUACAGCACUUUCAUUCAAAGCACUUUACAAUGUAGCUACCUCUCAUUCAUGCACGCAUUGAUAGCAACAAAUUGUACCAUGCGAGGCACUGGCAUAACCAUCUAGUUCAGUGUCUUGCCCAAGGACACGUCCACUUCCCCUCGAUCUCUUAUCCAGGGAAUCACACUUUAAAUCGGCAGAAUGCUAUAAAACAUGAGCUAUUGUCCAUGACAUAAUAUGUGAAAAAAGUUAAGUAUGAACAUCUGACUUACAAAGAAAUUUACCUGCUUAGGCUAUUAUAUUAAUAUUGAGAAACUCUGUAAACUAAGUGUACAAUAUACCUGCUUAUCCAUUUAAUAUCUUAUUUAAUUAGCAUUAUUACUUUUAUAAUUAUCCCAACCUUACUUGCUAAGUUGUUCUUUUUUUAGACUAAGUUGUAAGUGCCUACACCAGAGGUAAGUUAAUGAUUAAUGACAAUAUAGACAAAAAAUGUCCUGCAAGUUUUAAUAUCACUUAUUUAACAGUUCAUUAAUUAUUUAUUUUAUUUAAUCUGUAAUAUUUUGAUUUUUUUUGUCUAGGUGUAGAUGACUGUACCAGACUAAGGUAAGGUAAUACUUAACAAUGUACAAAAGUCUCCUGCAAGUCUUAAUAUCACUUAUCGGAAAUCCAAAGACUAUUUAUGUCACUCCCUCUGUAGCACGUCUCCUGCCAUUCUCAUUAGCACUUAUCUAAAAAUUCAGUGAUUAUUUAUCU